AUGUUCGGUGUUAGCUCUAAUGCAGUCAAUAGAACAGUAGAUGGGUUUGUGAUUUCUAUCAAUUGUAGCUGUCCUCCUGGCCAUGAUGAUUUCACUUGGCAUAUGGAGUAUACGGUCCAACAUGGGGACUCAUGGGAGAGCAUUUCAGCUAAGUUUGGGUCAUUUGUGGUGGAAAAACCUGAUAAGACGUUGAUUGGAUCGACAAACAUUACUUUAGAUCUCUUAUGUGGUUGUUCUGAAAGUGUGGAGCUCUUAACCUACAGAAUUAAAACUGGGGAUACACUUUAUACUAUUUGUUCUCGGUUUAGUAGUGAUGUUGGCAGGACUACAAAACUGAAUAAGUUGGAUGAUCCGGCUCUUAUUCAUGCUGGGGAUGUUAUUUUCAUCCCUGAGCCAGGGGGGCUAAAAAAUCUUAGCUUGAUUGGCAAUCAAGAUCCAAUUCCGAAGGCCAAAAAAUUAUCAAAAUCUCAAUUCCCUGUGAUUGUUGGAAGCAUUCUGGCAGCUGCUAUUGUUGUGCUAUUAUUAGUUAUCAUUUUCUGGUUUUACUAUAAGAGGAAGGGAACAAAAGCAUUUAGGAGGGGAAUGAAAUACUUGCCUUGUGACUUCUAUUCUUCCAGGACAUCUUCAAAAUCUCAAGAAAGCAUAGUUUCCUCAAUCAACUCUGGUAGAGCUACCGUCUUCCCCUACAAUGAAGUUUGUGAUGCAACUUCCAACUUUAGUGCGUCUUUAAAGAUUGGCCAAGGUUCUUAUGGAUUGGUUUACCAUGGAAAGUUAAGGGGAAUGGAUGUGGCUAUUAAGCAGAUGAAAAACACAAAGUCAAAAGAGUUCUUGUCAGAGCUCAAUAUUCUUUGCAGAGUACAUCAUACAAACUUGAUUGAGCUAAUUGGAUAUGCGGCUGGUGGAGAGUCUCUGUUUCUUGUAUAUGAACUUGCACAAAAUGGUGCAUUGAGUGAUCAUCUUCACAAUUCCACUGUAAGAGGUUUUAAACCUCUUUCUUGGACCACACGAGUUCAGAUUUCUCUUGAUGCUGCAAAAGGGCUUGAGUAUAUACAUGUACACACCAAGCCAUACUAUGUCCAUCGGGAUGUGAAGACAAGCAAUAUUCUAUUAGAUUCCAGUUUUCGCGCAAAGGUAGAAGGAUUGGCAUCACUUGUAAAGCUUCUUUCAAUUGUCUUCUAUUAA